GGAAGUUAGGCACAGCGUGUUUGCUAGCUAGCUGCAGCAGUAGCACCCAAGAGCACCAGAGGCUCAAACAUGUUUUCUUUACUUCUGCAAACGAAGCACACGUCAUGGAUAUACUUUUCACUGCUGGGAAUAUGCUUUACAACGUCGCCACUUUUGGCCAAACCGGACAGUCUCAAAGAAGUAACGGAUGCUAACUGGGAGAAGAUCCUGACUGGGGAAUGGAUGAUUGAAUUCUACGCACCCUGGUGUCCAGCGUGCCAGCAGCUCCAACCAGCGUGGAAGGAGUUUGCGGACUGGGGAGAGGACAUGGGGGUCAACAUAGCAAAAGUGGAUGUGACAGAGCAGCCAGGUUUGAGCGGGCGAUUCAUCAUCACUUCACUUCCUACUAUAUACCACUCUAAGGACGGCGUCUUCCGCAAGUACCAGGGAGCUCGCACUAAAGAUGACUUCCUCAGCUUCGUUCAUGACCAGAAAUGGAAAGCAGUCGAGCCGGUUUCCUCUUGGUUUGGACCGUCUUCCUUUUUAAUGAAUUCGAUGUCUGCUUUGUUCAAGCUCUCCAUGUUUAUCCGGCGUUGUCAUAACUACAUGACGGAGAAGCUGGGGAUUCCCGUUUGGGGAUCAUAUGUUAUCUUUGGCUUGGCCACUCUGUUUUCUGGCCUGGCGUUGGGUCUGUUACUGGUGUUCAUUGCAGAUUUCGUUUUCCCCUCAAGAAGAUUCUCUUCUCACGAUUACUACCCAAAGAAACAGACUAUGGAUCAGGCGAGAUUAAUCCAGCAACAAGAGGAUGCCAUUGAGGCUGAUGGCGAGGAAGAUGACGAGGAGGAGGAAGAAGAGGACCACGACGAGGUCUGGAGAAAACGGAGAGGAUCUCCCGAGGGCCGCCCUGAACCCAGGGGGCAGGCUUUCCCUGACGACGCCCUGAGGAAGCGGGUGGUGGGCAACCGGGGCGAGGAAGAGGAAGAGGACACUUAGAGAGAGAGAGAGCCUCCUCUUGACACGAGUACCGUUGAGACAGCAGAGUUGAAGGAGCCAAGUUCCUGAGCAGCAGUGUUUUUUUUUUGUUUGUUUGUUUCUUUUAGAGCAGAGUCCAAAAUCUUCCCGUUGGUCCUGUUCCUCACCCCCAAGAUCCUAAAAAUGCCUCACUUCUUUUCUUUUUCUCCCUCCCCCAUUUUUUUAAAGGAGAGCUUUAGACUUUCGCCUCUGCUCUCUCUCUAAGCCUAAGCAGCAGACUCCACCUGGAAAAAGAAAAGCAGCGCUCCAGACACCUGUUUCUGAAACAAACGGUCUGGCUGAGGUUUAGGUAUGGCGUGCAGUGCGGCUGGAUUUUUGCAACGAUGUUUAUGCUAUGCAUUGUUUUUUAAAUAAAUGUGUUAUAUUUUUAAUCUCUGAAUUAUUAUAACAGGGUUGUAGGUUAUCUAUGUGGACAGGUAACUUCAUUUAAUUUGAUUUCAUCUGCAACUUGAACCCUAAUGUUCACACACCUUUCCACUUUCUGUGUCUGAUGGCGAGAACGUGGCGAAGGACGUCUAAAAUGUUAGUUUUUCAGUUUGCUUGUUGCAGAUUUAAAAAAAAAAAAAAAAAGGAGUGAUUUGAUAUUUUCCCACAUUGACUUUUCUGUGGCUGUUUCACUAUAAAAGCCUCCUUCUUACCAAAUGGAGGCUUUUAAAUUGAAGCAACUGUAGGAAUCUUUACGUUUGUAUUAGCCGUCGUGUUACAGCUAUGGUUUAGACUUGGGUUUGAGUGCGGCAAACAGUGAUGCUCGUUUUCUCUUUUAUUCAUGUGAAGUUAAUUUAAACUCAGCCACAAGCUUUGUGGUAAAUAUUUUAAGUAUAUCAAAUGCAAAUGUGGCUACACUUGUAUUUGUGACCCUAUUUAGAAUACUAGUUUGAACAGUUAACACAGCCCAGGCCGUAUUACAGACAUCCUCUUGACACAGGUACAUGUGGGGCAGGAACCCUUCGAAUAGCAUCUAUGCUAUAGAAAGAGCGACGAUCACAUCACUCUUUCACUUUGACCAGGCUGUGUUUCUGUUGUUCAGCAAAGUACUAGGCCAUCUUGCACAGAUGUGAUAUUGAGUUUAAAUUAAAGACGUGGAGAAUGUUUUUCAGUAGAUUAUUUAGUUUCCCCAUAAGUUAUCCUAAAGCUAUUAAUGUUAUGUCUGAUUUAUUAUCUGUUUCUAAUAUUUUUACCUGUGAUUCUUUAACUAUGAAAAGAUAUUUGAUUAAAAAACAAACAAAACCCUUUGCGAGGCCAGGUCUGCAACGCCGUGUAGGUGCGAUUAAGAAGAUGAACAAUAUGAAGACUUGGUAAAUUCCUCUAUCCAGAGCGAUGUGUGGCAUAUCUGUACUAAUGCUGCUCCGCUUUGAGGAGCAGUAAUAAAACUGACGUGUUUUCUUUUUUUUUCCCCCUCACCAACAUCACUUGUAAAAAUGUCAAACACCUGAGCUUCUUUUAUAUGCAUGAGUGACACACAUCGUGCGCUGACGUCUCAUUAACACUUUAUGAACGAUGGCACUCAAAGAACAUUAACUCCUGUAUACUUUUCCUCCUUUUAACCGAACUACAGACCCAGUACACGACCAGUGUUUUGUUACACGUUUUCGUUCUGAAGGGGCUUGUAAUGACUUGCAUUUAUUUAGAUUUUUUUUUUUCUAUGCUGAUUUUUAUUCCUGAAAAAGCCAAUUGAUCAUUUAGGUGAUGGAUGAAACUGGUUGUACAUAUGACUUGUAGCAUUCUCACUUUACAGUGAGUCACCUGUGAUGCUUGAUUGUUUCUUUAAAUAAAGGGUUAACUCUAAAAAACAUUAA